AUGCAGAUUGAGGAUAUAGACGGCGACAUCAGACUUGAAGAAGGGGUAACGGAAGAGAUCAUUGUGCCCUCCGGUGACCCCCAAGAGCCUUCGGAACCCACCACACCACCACCGAAACGACGCAAAAGCACUAGGAAAUCCAUAGUCAACUCGCCUUACUUUACUGCCCCAAGAACACUCGCAACAGUGGUAAACGUCAAAGGAUCCGGACGCACCCCCAAGGGCAUCAGCGUCACCCCCUGGCCGCCAUUUACCGCCGAGAAGUUCGGGCUGGUGCAGGAAGAACUCCGUGACAAUCCUUUCCAUCUCCUAAUUUCCACCACCUUCCUCAACCGCACCAAGGGCUCCGUCGCUCGGCCCCUCCUCGACAAAUUCCUCUCCCUCUAUCCCACGCCCGAGAUCCUCUCUACCGCCCCACAAGCGGAUCUCGAAACCCUCCUCCAGCCCAUAGGCCUCUAUCGCGUCCGCGCCGAGCGCCUCAUCAAGAUGGCCACAGAAUGGCUCGUGAACCCGCCGGGCGCCGCUGAAAAGGUGCUAUACAACUACCCCGCCAAGGACACCCCGCCAUUCCCCAUUCCCGGCCGCGAGCCCCGCGGCGUGGAAAUGAAGAUGAAAUGGGAGAUUGCGCAUCUGCCGGGUGUCGGCGCAUAUGCCCUCGACAGCUGGAGGAUCUUUUGCAGAGACGCCUUGCGGGGCGGGGUUAAGGGGGGAGACGAGGAGUGGAGAAGUGUCGUCCCAAAGGAUAAAGAGCUGCGUGCGUAUUGUCGCUGGAUGUGGGCGAAGGACGGCGUCGUGUGGGAAGAGGAGGGCGAUGCAUAUGCUCACAGGGCUGGGCAGGAGGGGUGA